GAAGUAAGAUUUGGAUAUGUUCUGUGAAAGGCAGUUAUAGACAACAACUUUCUACCCAAUUUUCGCUCAAUAGCUUUAGCGCUCUAAUCAUGUUAAAAACAGCGAAUUUGUAUGUCUUCUAAUAACGUUUUUACAGUUUUCCCUAAAUUUAUGAGGAAGUCUAGUACUGUCACCUUUUUGUGGGUAAUUUUUCUAGAUAGGAUUUAAACAAGGCUUGUGUAGAUGUUGUGGAAGUUUCUUUUUCAUUGAAGACUACUACAUGAAUUUUGGCUCUUUCCGUUCGGCAAUAGUCAUGACGCACGUCCAUUCUUCAACGUCUGAUUGAACCCUUAGAUUCCAACCAAUAACUUUUAUUAUUAGAUUUAUAUAUAAGGUUAAUAGUAUGUAUAAUAUUUCUAUUCAUUUUAGUAUAAUAAUUAAAAACUUGAUACGUAAUCGUGUUACGCAAAAUAUGAUAAUUAGAAAUUGAUUGAUAAGACCAGAAAAUUUCGAUAAUUACAUGUGUAAGUUCAAACUAACGAGAUGAUGAGGAAAACAAUUAUGAGAGCGGUGAAUAAUAAAAAUUUGGAGACAUUAAAAAAAGUUAUUAAUCAGGCAAUUGCCGAAGCUCCUCAAUAUUUGGAAAAGUUGAAAAAAGAACAAAGAAAAAUAGUUUCUGACAAACUAGAACAUUUGAAUAAAUGGUAUAUGAAAAUUAUAGGUUUAGACGAAGUUAAGAUUUAUCAAGAUAGAGUUACAGCUUUGCAGGAGCAACUAUUAACCACUCAAACAAAAAGAAGAGAAAUAAACAGACAAUUAUCUGAAAUAAGACGACAAGCACAAGAUGUGCAAAGUCAGAUUCAACACAUUGAUAGAAAAGAAAAGUUCGAUGUAUAUUGUCAACUAAUAAAGGAUGAAAGAGAGAUAUUAAACUUGGAAUAUUCGGUUAAUGCUACUUUCCAAGAAUAUGAUCAAGCUGAAAGAGAUUUGUUUACAGCAUUUACAAAUUCUGUUAGAGAUUCGCAGGAAAAACAAAGGGCACAAUUAGAAUAUGCUAAAUAUUUAGGUUUAGUAUUAAGUAUAAUUGGCUCGUUUUUAGCUUUUCUUUACACAUUUUUCUGGAGACAAGACCUUAAGACUUAUAUAAAUAAAGAAAUUUCAUCUUUAAAAUUUCAUCAAGGAAUUAGCAUUUCAAAAGAUGUUGAAAUGUAUUUAAAGGAAAUUAAACAGUGGGAAAUUCAAAAUUACAAUGAAAUUUUGAACAGCAGAAAUGAUGUGCACAAUGUGAUACGUUAUUUGAAUUCCAAAGGAGAGAAGCCAAUUCCACUGCCUUCGAUUGAGAAUGAACCUAUUGAAAUGCCAUUAAGAGUAUUGAAAUAUAUUGGAAUAAGCUUUUUGGGUUAUAUAAUAUUUAAAUCCAUUUUUGGAUAAAAAGUUGUGUUCGUUUGUCAAAGGCAUUUUCGUUAGCGACAAAACACUAAAAUAUCUGAACACUUUUGCAGACAUUUGAAUGAACGAAAAUUGUCACCUGUACAGGUCUGCUUGCACUGAACGUCAGUAGCGUAUGGGGACGUCUGAGGAAGCUUCGAAGGAGAAAUCAACGAGCUUUGAGCAUGUCAUUUUAUUUUUUUUAUCGUGUAAAGUGUUUUUAAGUGCUAAAGCGUUCAUUAAGAUUGAGAGGAUAUUUGAAAUUAAGUCUUAUUAAUCGAUGUUGUCUAUUCAGUAUCAUUGUAAUUCGAAAAUUAAAUUUAAUUUUAAGGGUAUUUUAGAAAAAAAAUUUGACCAGGGCCUCGUUUCAGCCUUGGGUUUCCCGUGACCAAUAAUUUCAGUAUACUAAUAAAAAUAGCUUAAUUACCACAUGUAUUUUAAAAAAUUUACACUUAUCGAAAAUAACGUUGAAAUAUAAAAUGGAAUAAUGUUGAUAAACACUUUGUUACUCUUGUUUAAUAUUGUAUAAGUAAUCCAAUCAUUGAAUUCAGAUACUCUAGUGAAUACAGAUGGAUAUCCUGUAGCGCAAUCAAUAGGUCCAAAGGAAACUACUCCGAUUUGAAUAUCAUCAAUUAUAAGCGGUCCUCCACUGUCUCCAGUGCAACUUCCUUUAAUACCCAUCCCAGAGGUGCACAAAUGAGUAUUUUGAAUUACCUAAAAAGGAGUACUUUUUAUAUUAUAUGAUAUUUGACUAACAUCAGAUUUUUUUCCAUUUUCAUAACAAUGUAGCGUGCUGUGAAAGUGUUUAAAACCAAAUAGUAUAUAUUUUCUCAUGGAGAUUCUGAAAAUCAUAUCAGUUAUUUAAUUGAAGGUACAGUUUCCCAGAAAAUGCAAUUUAUUUUCGCGCCUGUCGUAUCCACAACCAGUUAUACGCUUAGCAUAGAUAAAAUUAAGAAUUUAUUUUAUUGUCAUUUAAUUAUUCUAUGAUUUAACGAUUUUGACGCAGUCUUCCGAGCGAUGCCGGAAACUAUUCUUUUUCAACAACCAGUUCUAAACAUUGUGUAUGAUUGGUUGCCUCUCUUUAAGGGUGAGUAAAUGUUCUAUUUUUUGUCGAAAAGUCAUGGUAGUAAUCCAUUGCCGCUAUAGCUAUCUUCAAUAUGGUAAGGACAAACCAGUGUUAAUAUAAUAAUCUUGCUUUCGGAAGGGUAGUUCUAGCUAUUUUAAAACUCAAAAAAUUAAAUACUUACUAGAUUGUAUGCAUCAUUGGUGGAUUUACAUUCAUCGUUCGAUAAAACAAUUACUUCUACUUUUUUUAAAAUAUUAGAAACGCUUGUGGUUUCUGUUGUCCCCCAUCCAAGGAUAAUUGCGGAUAUUCCAUCAUAAGUAUCUGAAUCCGAACUGAUAUUAACCAAAUUCACAUAAUUAUCCAAUGUAGCGCUCUGCGAAAGUUUAAUCAAAGCGAUAUCGUUUUGUAAAGUGGCCGGAUCAAAACCGUCGUUCACAUAAACUUUGUCGCUAUAAUAAACUUGGCGUCCUUCUUCUUGGGUAUUGGAUAUAUCGUGACUUCCCAAAAAAAUAGUUGCAUACAAAAAAUUGCUGUAACAGAAGAAGAAAUUAUUAAAUAACAGAAUAUAUUAACGAUCGUAAUGACAUAAUAACGUACAGAAAUCAAAAUUUUGGGAAAGAAUACAAUUUUUAUUAUAUUUUCCUUUUCGAUAAUGGUUGCCAUCUGUAAAAUUUGGUAGUCGGGACAAGACGCGUGAAAACUUCGAGUUCUUAAUUCAGACAUGUUAAGUGGGUUAUAGUUAUAAAAAAAACAGUUUUUGAUUAAUAUUGAGGCUUCAAAAUUGAAUUUACAUAAUAAUGAUAAAAAUAUCUUUGCUGUCAAAAAUUUACAUCGAAAAUUGGGUUGACAUCCGUCUGGGUUUCUCCGGAUCGCUCACUCUCGAGCCCGCCCGUCUGCGAUUUGCUACGCCGCUCAAACUUAGCAUGGCAACGGUUAGAGGUGUAUAAAUGUUGACCGCCGUUCCUGCCAAUUUUCUUCACGUAUGGAGUGGAGGUAUAUCGGCAACUGACUGAAGUUUUCUUUGAAGAGUGCAUGGCCGCAAAUUGUACAGGGAUUUUGUUGAGGGCUGCACGGAAGAUCGAUGUCAAGAACGGAAUGGAAAAUUGUCGGUUUCGGAUGUGAUUGUCCUAAAGAUUAACAGUGAGCUGCUCAAAAAUCGGAGGGUCACUUAUUAUGAAUUUGUCGAAUGCAUUUCUCAACCUCAUCAUAGCACAAUUGAAAGAACUUUAACAGAAACGUUGAGUUAUUGCAAAACUGACUGACAUAAGGAGCAACGCCUUAACAGUUAGUCUAAUAAUUUGAGAUGGUAGACAACCAGGAGAAGUUGUUGGACAAUAAACUCAGAUUAAUCAAACUUCAGCGGGCAAUCUUGAAUCCUUGGAGGGAACGACUGGCGAAGGGAGAAUGGGAUUUAUAAUUUCAUUGCUGUGUAAUAAUUUUUUCUUACUCGUUUACGCAGUGGGCAGCUGUUAAAAUCCAAUUUUUCUCAAUGAGGGUGCCUCCGCAAAAAGAUUGCUGUUUUGAAGUAGUUGUAUAUAUAGCUGCUUGAUAUGGAUACGAAUGAGGAGGUGAAACAUUUUCUCCGCCCAUUAUUCUGGAUACAGAUUUUGUUUUUACAUCUUUAGGAAACACGAAUACGCCUGUUAGAUUAUUUUUACUAGCUUCUAGCUGAAAAAAAUAUAUGAGUGGAACUAUCCGAUAUUAUUACAUUUUAAAUAACCUAAUCACCAUUAAA